UACGGACCGCGCGGCUCCGCUCUCGGAUGAGUGCGACUGCGGCGCAUGCGCAGUCCAGCGCCCUUCGCCAUGUCCUCUAACUGGUGACCUCAGACGCCCGCGCUCUGUCGCGCAUGCGCCUGGCGGCCCAGUCGGCGGCGGUGCCCGCGGCGCCCGGUGGUGCAGCGCGGCGCGGCUAUGGCGGGAGCGCUGAGGAAGACCACUGGGCUCGUGGGAUUGGCCGUGGCUGAAAACCCCCACGAGCGCCUGCGAAUACUGUACUCCAAAAUCCUUGCUGUCCUGCAGAACAUUCCCAAAGAUGCGGCGUAUAGGAAGUACACAGAACAGAUUGUAAAUCAGAGAUAUAAUUUGGUGCAAACAGAAACUGAUGUGCAGAAACUACAGGACAAACUGAAUGGUGGUCAAAUAGAAGAAGUCAUUGUACAGGCUGAAAAUGAGCUUUCCCUGGCAAGAAAAAUGUUACAGUGGAAACCAUGGGAGCCUCUAGUUGAAGAACCUCCUACUGACCAGUGGAGAUGGCCAAUAUAAUACUGAAAAUGGUGUAAUCUCUUGAAAGUCAAAAAAGUUAAAAUAUAAUCUAUUACUGACAGUACCUUUAAAUUAAAAAAGUGACUUCAUAAAACCAUGUUUUGUCUUAAUGUUCACUGUACAUAGAAAUUUAAAGAUUGCAAAAAUGGCUUUGAGAAUAGUCAGCUUCUUUACAACCAUUGAUUUAUUUCUUUUUGUCAUUUGCUGAUUAACAGGGUAUUUAUUUGUGCAUGAUGAUAAUGUUAUUAUCUGUAUUUGUAUAUUAGCAGAUACAGGUAUUUCAUUUGAAAUCGAAAUCAAAGUUGUAGAAAAGCAUGAUUCUGCCUUUUUCUCCCAUUGAUGGUUGUGUGUUUUUGCCAUCUUUGUAAAGCCAGUACCAAUGUCUGUAUGACCAUGCAGAUACCAGUAGUAGGGAUCUGAUUAAUGCAAGUCAGGCUUACCAAAAAUAGCGUUUUUUAGUUUUCAGCUGAAUCACUGUCCCAAACUAGCUGACUCCACUGGCCAUAUAAGUACUAAUUCCGGCUCAGGAGGGUGCUGUGUAGCAGGAACAGGUUUCUUGAUUUACACGUAGCUUACCAUACUUAGCAUGAUAUAUAUGGAACAAAACUUUAAUAUCGCUCUGAUUUUGUAUGUAUAGAAUUUGGUUUUGUAUAUAAGCGUGUACUUCAUAGGUUUAUUUGUAAAUUACUGAUUCAGAUCUGGAAUAUUACUGUUAAGAAAAAAUAAUGGAUUUUUGUUGACGUGUGCUCUUUCCAUCUUAAUGCUUGAAAGAAGAUCCUAGCCACACAUCUCCAGUCUCAAAACUACUUUAGAAAUCUAAGUUUGACAGAUUAGAUCCAGGGACAAUGUACAAGUUUGUCUUUGCUCACAGUUUCUCAGUACCAUUAAUAAAGUUGAUGCAAGUUUAAAGAUGA